AUGCCAAAGAAUAAGAAAACAGAAUGGCAAUUAGGAGAUCCCGCGAUAAGCGUAGUGAGCGAUCAAUUCUGUAAUCCAUACCCAAUGGAUCUAAUGGUGAAGAGAAAAUUUCAAAAUUUCUCAAAAGAUAAUUACCAAGUGUAUGAUCCAAGUGGGAAUCUCCUCCUUCAAAUUGAUGGACAAGCUUGGGGGUUUAACCAUAAAAGGGUUAUGCGUGAUCCAGCGGGUUUCACAAUCCUCACAAUGCGCCAAAAGGGGCUUACGUUGAAGAACAAGUGGGAAGUGCAUGGAGGAGAGAGCAAAGAGAGAGAAGAUUUGCUCUUUACGGUACAACAAUCUCAAGCAGUGUCAUUGAAAACAUCUGUGGAUGUUUUCUUGGCUGAGAAUAACAAUGUCAAGAAGAGCAAUACUUGUGAUUUUCAUGCUUCGGGCGGAUAUUCGAAUAUUUCAUUCAAAGUUUUCAAAUCGGAUGCUCUCAUCGCCGGGGUUACGCAUAAGUUUACAUGGGGAAGUUUCUGCAAAGGGAAAUAUAAUUUUAGAGUGAGUGUGAAUCCAGAGGUUGAUUAUGCUUUUAUCAUUGCUUUGCUUGUUAUGGUCGAUGACAAUGAGAAUUGGUGUUAA